GCUCUCCACCCACCCACACCCCUCCCUCCCUUCCUUCCCCGCACACAAAAGCACGGCAAUUAGCUAUCUUAAGGGAGCUGGGGCUUAGCCAGUUGUGAGCUGCAAAUAAUCAAAUACCUCUGAGGCAAAGCAAGCAGCGGUGGGCCCGGCCCGUGUUAAGAGAAUACAAAUAACUGCCAUCCAUUUCCAAAGCAAAAGGCCAGCUCCUGCACUGAAGGCCAGGACUGAUGCAGCUCCUUGUUCCGCAGCCUGGCCCAGCGGUAUUUUUAUUCCAAUCCUGGACGUCCUAAGGAGCCCCCUGCUACCGAAGGAGGAAUGCUCAGCUGGAAUACAGGAGAGAGCUUCUUUGUUCUUCAGUAGCAAGAAGAGACCCUCAGAGGACCGAGCCCCUUGGCAGGUGAAACCCAGUGCGGCCGGAAUCUCCCCCCGAGCGCGAUGGGCACCACCGAAGCCACGCUGCGGAUGGAGAAUGUGGAGGUGAAGGAGGAGUGGCAAGACGAGGACUUCCCCAGACCCCUCCCAGAAGAGACGGGAAUGGACUCCCUGGGCAGCCCCGCAAAUGAGAACACAUCCUCUCCCCCUAACACUUUGAACUUUAACGGGGCUCAUCGGAAGCGCAAGACGCUCAUAGCCCCUGAAAUCAACAUUUCCCUGGACCAAAGUGAGGGUUCCAUCCUGUCCGAUGACUUCCUGGACACGCCCGACGACCUGGACAUCAACGUGGAUGACAUCGAAACCCCGGAUGAGACGGACUCCCUGGAGUUCCUGGGCAAUGGGAAUGAACUGGAAUGGGAAGAUGACACACCUGUGGCCACAGCCAAGAACAUGCCCGGGAACAGCGCAGACCUCUUUGGGGAUGGGGUGGUGGAAGACGGCAGCGCUACCAAUGGGAGACUAUGGAGGACGGUUAUCAUUGGGGAGCAGGAACACCGCAUUGAUCUGCAGAUGAUCAAACCCUACAUGAAAGUGGUGACACAUGGAGGGUACUACGGAGAAGGGCUCAAUGCUAUCAUUGUCUUUGCUGCCUGCUAUCUCCCAGACAGCAAUCUAGCUGAUUACCAUUACAUCAUGGAGAACCUCUUCUUGUACGUGAUCAGUAGCUUGGAGCUGCUGGUGGCCGAGGACUACAUGAUCGUGUACCUGAAUGGAGCCACACCACGUCGGAGGAUGCCGGGCCUGGGCUGGUUGAAGAAAUGCUACCAGAUGAUAGACAGAAGGCUACGGAAAAACCUGAAAGCUUUGAUCAUCGUGCAUCCUUCGUGGUUCAUCCGGACCGUGCUGGCGAUAUCCAGGCCCUUCAUCAGUGUGAAGUUUAUCAAUAAGAUCCAGUAUGUUCACAGUCUGGAAGAACUGGAGCAGACUAUCCCCAUGGAGCACGUCCAGAUUCCUGACUGCCUCCUACAGUACGAAGAAGAGAGAACCAAAGCCAGGAAAGAAAGGGCAGAGGAGAAACAAGACAUGACAGAGAAAGAAAGCUGGCCUCCCUCUGCUCUGGCGCUGGGUCAGGAGCUGCAGCCCCUGACACAGAUCCUGCCUGCCCACGAGAUGCAGGCCUGUGCUGCCGAGGGAGGAUCAGGAAACCAGCAUGUCAUGAAUAGAAAUAACGAGGAAUGAAUGGAACCGGAGAAUGAUGCCGCCCGGCAGCCACCCACUGUAAAUGCCCUUCCUGGUACAAGAUCUAGUCAUCGUCUCAUUCCAACUCCUGUAAGAUCAAGGAACCUGCCUCCCCCCUCUCAGAGAUGCAAAGUCCUUUAAAGCUUCUGGAAACAUUUUAUUUAAGGAAAGAAUAAUCCAAUAAUAGCACUUUCUAGGGCUCCUGUUUCUACGAUGGCUUGUGGCAAGAGAUAAAUAGUGCAAACGUAUACACUAUUUCCUCUUAGCACGUAAUCAUCACUCCAUAGUCCAUCACAGCCACCAGCCCAAAAGAAGAGCUCUAUUUUUUUUAAUGUAUAAACCGCUUCUCCAACUUGCUGCUGGCCAGCACUGUGCUCUUUUGCUUUCAAUUGCACAUCAUGUUUCCUCCACAUAGCGAUUCCGAUGGCCCUACGUUAACUGACGCAGGAACUGGGAAGAGCGAGUUUUCCUCCCUUACAGAGACGGUGUAUGUUUCUUCCAGUAGACAUUGAGUGUCCACCAAGCCUUUGGCCAACACAUUUCCCCCAUCUCUGGCUCCCGCACCUCCUACAUCCUUGCUGGUUCAGCUUGCUAGCUAGCUCAUGGUGAAACUUAUCUAUGAGUGAGUGCGAUGAUGUUUAAUUUGUUCUGUCCCUCUUCAUAAGGCUCUCACAGAUAAAAGACUAUACUCUGAAAGAAGGAUCCUCUAUCUCGGAUGCCACCUUAGCCAGAAUCCUUCUCUAAGCAUUUUCUCACAGUAUGGCGCAAAGGAAGACCUAUUCUUAUGAAGGAACCUUAUGGACUGGGAAGUUUUUCACACCUCUUCUUUAUAUAGAUGAUGACACUGGACAAUCAUCCACUCUUUAUACCUCCUAUGGCAAAAACAAGCCACUAAAUGUUCCUCCAUUCUCUUCCUGGGUGGUGAGAGUCUUGUCUGAGCGAAGGGCGGAUUGCAGUGUGACCAGCACAAACCCAGGUUGGGAAUCUUGCAAAUAUGAAGACGGGGAAUUGUAUGGACCUGCAGGUGCUCAGCUCUGAAGCGAUGCAGACAUGGCAUCAGGACUUUAACACGUGGCUUGGGGGCUCGUGAGGAUUUUUCAGCAGAGGAGAGAAGCAUUUGAACAAGCAGAAAUCGGGCAACGUGAUUUGUAAACCCCUGGCUUAGCCCAGGGUCAGCCUAUGCAAACAAUCUUACACAUGCACAAGGUAAACCCCCUGAUGGCUGAGUUCUGCAGCUGAAGAAUUAUCUGAGAAUCUCAGUGGUCAAGAGACAUUUUAUAACUGGUGUCCCUGGUGGAUCUUGGGUACAGAGCCCCAACCGUCCGGCGGUUCGUUACCAUUUGAAAUUAAUACCACUUCCCUCUGCUGUAAAACCCCACAGGAGGGCAAUACUGGCAAAGCAAGAUUUUCUGAACAGAGGAAUCGGCUUUCUGUAAAAUGCAGAGCGUUGCUUUUUAUUCUUUCCGAUCAUUAACCAUGGCGGAGGAGCAGAGAGUAUGCUAGCUCACCCUAUACUUGCCAAUGUUCUUAUCUUCUCAUGUUCUGCAUGUUUCUCCUAUAUUGUGGGCAGAAGGUUUUCAGUGGGAUGCAUGACUCUUCAAUCAUGGAUUUAUUUACUGAACAGACAUAUGCAUGGAAGGAGAGGAGAACUGCAGUGAUAUCCUGAACCACAGAAGCAGAACUAGAUGUUUUCUCUUGCAGGCAUGUUAAAAAGAAGUAACAGUUCAUUUGCCAAGCAUUCGUGAAGCCACCUGGCUUCCUGGAAAUUUCACUCUUGGCCAAUUGCUGGCUGUAGAGGUAGGAUUUCUGUGCUACACGCAAAAGAAAGCAGCACUUCAAUUUUUUUGGCGUUUGAGUUUUACACUAAAUAAGACAAAAAAAGAACAUUUUGCACUAAACAUUCCAAAAACUCGGCAGUCACUCAGUUUCAAGGCAAGAAGCAGUAGUCAGAAUGUGUGAGGGUUAAUCUGGUCCACAAACAGACUGAUCCAAAUCCCAUUGGAGUGCAUAGAAAAACUCCCCCGACAUCAAAGAACUUUGGAACACACUCAGAAUAAAUCGUUACAGCUCUUAUUGUAGCACAGAACAUGUGAAUUCCCCAUUGCCAUCAGAAAUUCACGGGCCUAGACUUUCGCUUUCAUUCUGAGAACACUUUCCUGCAUUUCAAUGGAAGUCAAGAAUGCAAUAAACUUAUGAUAUUGAAAGGUGGAAGGGAGUUGUAAAGUCAUAUCAUGGGCAGUUUGGUAGAACAUUAAAGAGAUGUUUGAAAUCCAACCCCAGAAACCUCUAUCACGGCUACCCCUGAUACUUGAUACCACAUCUGUAGUAACUCAACACUUCAGCAAAAAUGUUCACAACAUCCCAGUCAGUGGACUAACACUGUUCUGGCACACAUGCUGCUGGGGUAAAAAAAAAAAAAAUCUUGGGACCUUGAGAACUAAAACGUUGAUUGUGAAUAGUAACCACAAUAGGUGAACUUUUUUAAACACCAUCAUUUGCAGCGUUAGCAGAGAAACCACAGAAAGGAUGGACCUGGAGAUUGAAGUAUUAGUAGGUAGGUCCUUCACAAUUGGGGUUGAGGUUUCAGGAUAUUAAAAUGUACAUCAUCUAUUUCAUUUGCACAUACAGGGAAGGUAAUUCAUUGAAAUGGAGAACGUCAACUUGAAUUUCGUAAAAUGAGCUAAUUUUUUUAAAAAUUACACUUUCUGGUAGAGCACUCUUUAAACAGGAUAUCCUAAAUUUUUUUUUAAAUGUGUUGAGAGAUUUGCUGCUUCCCAGCUGUUGUCUUUAUAAGGAUCUUUUCAAUAUGAAAAAAACUGACUAUACAGGCGAAAAAGUGAAACAGAUGAUACACACAGUCCUGUCAAAUGCACAAAGUAAAUUUUAAAAAGAGACAAAAAAGUAUCAAUCACUUCUUUCAGUUGUGGGGAUUUUAGGUAUUACUUGUAACCAUAGUAGCUACAAAAGUUUGAGAUGGAAAUGUGCCGUUCAGGUGGGCGGUAUCCCUUUAACAAGAUAUGCAGCCACAUAUCUAAGACUGGUAUUGACUGCCUUGUGCGAUUUUAAAAUGUUUUUAUACAUGAAUAUAAUAGAAGAUCCCUAGACUGUAAAAAUACUCAAUGCAAAAUGGCUGCACUCAUUUUAAAAAGAGCUGGAUUCUCUCAAUGAAGACAAUAGAAAGACUCAGUGAAUUUCAAAGAGGGUUGAAUUUGGCCUGCCAAAAGAGAGAAUCAGAAUGGUGGACAAAGUUUCAGAGAGCGCAGGGAUCUGGUAUAAUCGCAUAGGCCUGGAGUCCUCAACCAGUUGUUUAAAAAGUACAACAAAAUACGCUUUAUGACAGUAAUAACACUUCACGAAGUGCCGUCAUACUGGACAGCUGUACUCGUUAGGUAGUUGAAGGCAUUUAACAUACCUGGGCCUCACCGCAGAACUAAGAUGUGCAGGGAUCUGCUAGAAAUGCACAAAUUGUCACACAGUACCACAUAAUGCCAUGUCAGAAAGCUGGUGACAUCAGUCAAGGUCCACUGUCGAGGUUAAUGAUGUCAUUAGAAGCCUUUGGUGGGUUUAUUUCCACGCAUCUCACUGAAGCUCCACUAUUACUCUAUGCUGGAGAAAUACAUCCAUGUUAAUAACAAUAUUACUUUCCAAGGCAAAAUGGGUCUGCCGUUCAAAAAGGUUACGCCUGGAUGUGAUGCUGCUAUACAGAAUACCAACUGGAAAGAGUAUUGGAGGUAGGGCACGAGAUUUCCUUGCCAUUAAAGAGGCCUGACAGUGAUGACGUUAAUACCUUGUCUAUACUAGAAAGAGUUUAAUGGGAUAGCUAAGUUGGUAUCGUUUUACUAGCAAAAAACUCUAGUGUUGCUGCAGGUUUUAAUCAGUUCCCCAACCAAAAAUCAGCAAGACCAGCAGAAGCAGCAAUUGGCGGUAUAACUGGAUCUUCUUUAGGGCUUUUGCUGGUAUAAAAAUGUAAAAAUAUCACAAUUACUAUAACAGAAAAGUUUCUAGUGUAGACCUGGUCUAAUGUAGACCUGGUCUUAUUCCUGCCUUAUUCCUCUGAAGAGUAGUUAUUUGGGCUUAUGAAUGCUCUGUAUGAUAUCAAAUAACAGGUGUUAUCAAACAUUUUCCUGGGUGAGGCAACUCCUGGACUCCACCACUUAUGUGAUUUAGUUCAAAUAUUGAGUCCAUCCAGAGCAACAUUCUUGAUAGAGGAAAAGUUUAUCUUACAUCUGUGACACCAGCUCCAACAAUAACAACAAGGUAUUCCACUCACACCUACUAGUGGUUGAAUUCUACCAUCCAGGUCAUAGAAAACCAGGAACUAAAAAAAAUCAGAUUCUGGUCUUUAUAUCGAGAUAGUUAAAGGGCAGAGUUUAAAACAUCCUAAUUCAAUUUUGAAUAUAUUCAUGCAUACUCCCUAAAGGCCUGUUCCAAAGUCCAUUAAAGUCAAUGGGAAUGUUCCCUUUGACUUCAGUAAACUUUGGACGUGGGCCAUAGUGAAGGAAACUUUUUUGUAUGUUUGUCUAAGAGCUUCAGUGAUUUCUCUCCAAUCUCCUUGUUGUUCCGCUAUAUUUUACUGACAACCCAACGAAAUCAGUAGAAUGAGCUAGACAGGAUCAAUCCUUCUGAACUGCAGAUAUUUUUUCCAGGGUUAAGCAGCAGUCAACAGGGGUAUGCCAUCAAACUACUGUGUGCUGGCAUUGUUAGAAUGUGUCCAAAUUCAGGACUGUCCAAUAGUUUUUGUUUUGGUCCCACAAGACACAGGAAACGAAAUGGACAGAGUCUGUGAUCUAAUCAGUCCUGUGUAAAUCCGAGUGUCCGUUUAGAGCAUACCUCAUGGCAAUUUUUUCCAUCUACUUUUUCCAAAGACUCUUUGCUUACCGAUGUGUCUACAUGUUGGUAGAGAAAAACAAUAUUCCUAAGUGUUAAACGUUCUUAAAAGCAGCACUCCUCUAUUUCACCUUCCUGGCUAGGAAAAAAGAAAAGUUAAUACAAGAAUGGUUGCUUUAAGUUAAUAUUGACUUGAUAGCGGGAGAAAUAUACAGGCAAGAUUGCUUUAAAAAUGCAGACACCUUUUCUUUUGUAUUUCCAUACUUACUGGCAAUCAAAAAUAGAGCAUGCUACUGUUAAAGUGAAUUUUGGAGCCACCAUAUGAGGGGGAUUAUAAUCAAUCUCAGUUUUCUUCUUUUGCAGUGGGCCCUCCAAAACAUACCUACAUGUAAUAAUGUGUGAACUGUCAUUUUUCUAAAGUGUUUGUAUUUAGGUGGUUUAUGCUAGAAGACCUAGAUGAUUGUUAACUAUGUAUUAUUAUUAUUUUUUGCUUUGUAUUAUGCCAUACAAAUCUGUGGAUAUUUAAUUAAAAUCAGAAUGACCCUUAAAGGAAAA